AUGCAAUCUUUCUUUAAGAAUACAUGGAAUUCUAUCAAUCCGCUAAUUUCUUCGCUCCUCAACAACGAUUUGAUCGUGUUAAAAAACGAACAGUAUAAAGUGCUUCAACCACUCGGUGAAGGAGGAUAUGCAUUUGUGUACCUUAUUGAACAUGUAGAGAAUGGUAAAAAGUUUGCGCUGAAAAAAAUAAAAUGCCAUUCAGGUCGAGAAGGCAUUCAAAAAGCAUUAAAAGAAGCAAAGUUUCAUGAGGAAUUUAAUCAUUCCUAUUUACUUAAAAGCUUACAUGUCGAAGUACAAAAGGAAGCUGAUGGUGUUCAAUAUGUUCAUAUUAUGUUUCCCUUUUUUCAAAAGGGCACUGUUGCACAGAUUGUUCAGAAUCAACAUGCAAAGAGUACUUUUGUUUCGAAGCGUUAUGUCUUAAGCUGGUCUCUGUGUCUUUUACAGGCCCUAAAAUAUCUCCAUAAUGGGGGUGAAGAAUCUGAAUUUGAAAAUACCAUGGACACAACAAACCUUAUUGAUUUAGGAGUAGAAAGCAAUCCAGUGAAGAAAAAAAGUUACAAGUGUUAUAUUCAUGGAGAUGUGAAACCUGAGAACUUACUAUUGAGCAACGAUGUGAGUAAUGCUGUACUUACAGAUUUUGGAAGCAUAUAUAGGGUUCCUUCUGUCAUUUCAGAUAAUUCGCAGGCAAUAGCUUUUCAAGACAUGGCCUCAGAAAAUUGUACUAUGUCUUAUCGAGCUCCCGAGCUUUUCCAUGUAAGACCGGGUUCCACAAUUACGGAAAAGGCAGAUAUUUGGAGUUUUGGUUGCGUCUUGUAUGCAAUCAUGUUUGGAUACACUCCUUUUGAAAAGCAAGUCAGUCAAGGUGGUUCAUUGGCUUUGGCUGUUUGUAAUGCACAAUACUCUUUUCCAUCUAAACAUCCCUACCAUCCGGCACUGGUCGAUUUAGUCCGUGAAUGUCUACGACUGAAUCCUGAACAACGACCAUCCGCUGAAUACCUAAUCCAUCAUAUUACAGAAAUGAUGAACAGUUAA